AUGCGACCCAACUGGCCGAAAUUAAAGCUAACCUGCAACUGCGUAAAAGAGCCCUUGCGGGGUUGGGGUAGACGUCUUUCCUUUUCACCUCAACUACUUGCACGUGCUGCAUGGAACAGCUCAAAGCCCGAACCGGAUUCGGAGUCUUCUCCGUCGUGGACUGGAUCUGCGAUUAUGUUGGAUGGGCGCUUGCAGGCAGCUCGCUGGAAACGUGAAAUAGCGGCUAAGAUUCUGUUCAGGCGGACGAGCAAACGGAUGGGGCCACCAGGUCUCGCUGCGGUCGUCAUCGGAGAUAGACCGGACUCAUUAUUAUACGUUCGGCGCAAAAGUGAAGCUUGUGAAGAGGUCGGCAUCAGAUUUCAUCUCGAACGCCUACCUGGUGAUGCCGACCAAGACAUGGUCGUGAAUGUGCUUCGUAAGCUUAAUUCAGACGACCGUUUUCAUGGCAUUAUGUUACAGCUUCCUGUGCCUGUACACCUUAAUGAAAGCCGCCUUCUUGGAUCGAUAAAUCCGAUGAAGGAUGUCGACGGACUCCAUCCAUACAACGUCGGGCGUCUUGCAAUGCGAGGAACUUGGAGACCAGCUUUCAUACCGUGUGCUCCUCUCGGUUGUGUUGAGCUCUUAUGGAGAGAAAAUAUUCAGAUAAAAGGACGGUCCGUCGCAGUACUGGGGGACAGUAAUGUCGUCGGGAUGCCAAUAUCAUGGCUUUUGCGCGACUCUGGAGCAUCUACGAUAAAUGUCGUACACGGUUAUUGGCUAAAAGUUCCUGAACAAAACAACAUGAAAUUUCCUGCUCAAGCAAAUUUUGUAGAACCAAACCUUUUGAACACAGUUAGGAAUGCCGAUAUAAUCAUUUCUGCAAUAGGUCGCGCCGAGGUGAUUAAGCGCGACUGGGUCAAAGCGGGCGCAACAGUAAUAGAUGUUGGAAUAAACCCGAUUCCUUGGGAUCAUCACGAAGGUAUCGCGCGCUGCAGGCAUGCAAGCUCCAGAAAAGUCCCUGCAGCAUUUCUUGAACAGCGACCUGACAAGCCUGAGAAGUCUGACUACAAGGUCGUCGGUGAUGUGGCAGCCGAAGAAGUGUCCCAUGUGGCAAAUGCCAUGACACCUGUUCCUGGAGGAAUAGGUCCGAUGACAAUCGCAGCCUUGCUGAGUAACACUUAUCUUGGAGCCUCAAGGCAGGAAUAUCUGUGA